CUGAGAGGACCCCAGCCUUCACUCCAAAGCCAUUGCCUUCAUCAUGAAGAUCUACGCAGUGAUUCUGUGCCUGCUGCUCGUAGCUGUCACUGUAAGCCCAGAAGAGCUGGCUGGGUCGGAUAAGACUCCAGUCUCCUGCUGCUAUAGUUUAAUAAAGCUCAAGAUCCCCCUUCGGGUGCUGCAGAGCUACAAGAGAAGCAACAAUAUCCAGUGUCCCCGGGAGGCUGUAAUCUUCCAGACUAAGCGGGGUAAGCUUAUCUGUGCCGACCCCACACAGAAGUGGGUCAAUGAGUACAUGGUGAUCCUUGACCAGAAGUCUCAAGCUCUGCAGCCUUGAACUUUCACACCUGAGUUGAGAGACAGCCAAAGCUGGAAGUUCUCCCCUAAUCUUCUCCAGGCAGACGGUACCUGGGCUGGGUGUGUCCUCAUCCUUGUCUCUUAUAUGAACAACUGAAAUAAAAGCUUACGCUGAUUUGCAAAUGUAA